AUGUCUCUGGAUAUUAGCAGAGAGACACUUUUGGGGUUCAAGGCCGUGAAAACGUUCAAACCGGGCGAGAAUGAGGUAGCACCGGUGACAUCGCUGAGCUUCGACGAUCACGGAAGAUACUUACUGGCUGCAUCGGCAAAUGACAACAUGCACCUGUAUGACGCUAUGAACUGCCGCUUCUUGAACACGAUCGCAUCAAAGAAGUAUGGAUGUCAUUCAGCAAAGUUCACGCAUGCGCAAAACGAGUGCGUGUACUCGUCCACUAUGAAAAGCUUCGACAUUAGACACCUUAACCUUGAGACGAACCAGUACCUGCGGUACUUCACGGGACACGGUGCUCUUGUAAGUGAUAUACAGAUUAGCCCACUUAACGACACGUUUUUGUCAGCGUCAUACGAUGAGUCUGUUAGACUGUGGGAUAUGCGUGUCUCGAAAGCACAGGCUAUCGUGCCGAGCCUUGUCCCCAAUUGCAUUGCGUACGACCCCAGUGGGCUUGUGUUUGCCCUAGGAAAUCCCGAAAACUGUGAAAUUGGUCUUUAUAACCUCAGGCAGCUGAAAAACGGGCCCUUUCUAGUCAUCAAGGUUCACCCGUCUUUCAACCAGUGGUCUAAGAUCGAGUUUUCUAACGACGGCAAAUAUAUAUUAUUGGCAUCUUCCGCAGGAAAACAGGUUAUUUUAGAUGCGUUUGACGGCAGUCAGCUUUUCGAGCUGGCGGGAACGAAGUCUUUUCCACUCCGAGAGUUUAUGGAUGCAGGCUCUGCUUGUUUCACGCCCGACGGACGCUUCACUUUAAGCACAGAUUACGCUGGCAAGAUCGCGUUAUUUAAUCAUGCUGACUCCAUAAGUGGAAGAACUUUGAAACCUUGCGGGUCAAUUAACGCAGCUCCCGAAAGUUGCCCCCGAUCCAUUGCAUUCAACCCUAAAUACAGCAUGUUUGUCACCGCUGAUGAAAGCGUUGAUCUAUAUGUUUAUGAUAAGCCUAUAUAA